GCACAAUAUUCUAAUGUUGAUGAGACCUUAGCAUCCGUAACUACCAAGACUUUAAAGUGUUUGAAACGUCGGAAAUAAUGUAUUGAUAAAAAAAAAACGCGAUAAUCAGAUGCAGUUUUAGUUACAUCAACUGUAAGAACUGUCUUAUUUUUCAAAUUAGACGUAUGUAUGUUUAGUCAAAAGUGGGCAGGUCUAAUUUCAAAAUAAUUAGUUGGAACACUUUUAAACGCGCUCUUCAAAGGUUCCGAGUAAAAUGUGUUUUACUAUAUGGCUUCAUGUUUGAUGGCACAAAUAAGGUAGAUGAUAUCACCUUAAUUAAGUACGAGGUUGUUUGAAUGCGGAACUCAAAAUAUUCUUGCUGUUUACUUAAUUGUUUAGACACUGUGUUUGUUUUUUCGGUAUCAACAGAUUUGACGCCUACGUCGACAAGAAAUACGGAUUGAGUAUUCGGCAAUAGUCUCGGAGAAAAUAAAGACGAGUUUGGCAAAAGAUAUGACCUUUGGAAACAUAAAACUACCUGAUACACACAAUCUAUUCAAAUUAUACGUGACGUGGCGUUGUAUGGGUUGAAGACAAGCUUGCUGGAUUCAAUUUGGUCAAUUCGACCGGUACUGAAAAUUUAACGUAGUUGUCGAUGCACGGACAUCGACGAUCGCGCGGCGCGGGCGCCGGGAGGAGGACAGCGGCGCGGGUUGAAGUAUCGUUCGUCACUUCGUGCAGCAACGCCGCCCGCGACACUUACUUGUUUAUCUUGUUUUACUCUUUUUAUAAACUUACCAAAUAAUACAGUCCACUCUUUUAUUUUAUACAUCACCGGUCUACCCCAGAGCAGUUCGAAACAUGGUCCUUUAGUUUUGUCAGCUUAAAACUCACCGGAAUAAAACCUGUACAACAAACUGUCGGCGUUGGUUGGCCAUUUAAAAACGAACGGACGUUUUACUGUUCACUACGUUGAAGCUGCAAGGAGUCGUGAAUAUUGGACUUCGGAAUAUUGGACGGAUUGCAUACCUGAGUGAGUUCGUUCCAAUCAGACAACCUUUAUUCCCUCAUAUUUUUGCCGUUUAGCGCAUUCAAUUUUUUACCUAAUUUUCGCCUCAAUUUGCCAAAAUAAAAACUACCCUCAUCUUACAAUCAAAAUUCAUUCUUAUUCUUUAAUUCUUAUUUAAUUAUUCUUAUUAUUUCUGUUUAUUUUGCUUAUUAUAAUACAUUAUGAGCCAACAUUCUGAGGAUUUAGAUACUCUUAUUAAGCGACGAGGUGGAAUUAAAGCCAAACUUACUAUUUUCAGAAAUUAUAUUAAACCUCUUAAUAGUUUUUCUAGCUUGACCGACUUACAACGUUUUGAGUUGGAAGGACGUUAUGAGCGUAUUCAGUGUUUAUACAACGACUUCGACAAGUUACAGACGGAGAUCGAGACGUUGUUGGACGCACCCGAUGACGACUUUAAAUCCCGGUGUGAGUUCGAGGACCAAUACCAUCCUACGGUGGCACUGGCGCGAAGCCUGCUUUCAGCAACUACCAACUUAGAAGGUUCAGGUAGGGUACACACAAAUGUUCGAUUGCCCAAAAUUGAUUUGCCACAUUUUGAUGGUAGCGUUCAGGGUUGGCUCGAAUUCAAAGAUACCUACAUUUCCCUCAUUCAUAAUAAUAAAUGUAAUGAUGAUAUUAUGAGAUUUCAUUACCUUCGGUCCUGUUUACGCGGCAGCGCGGCUUUAGUUAUUAAAAAUAUAGAUUUUACCAGUGAAAAUUACAAUAACGCUUGGGACUUGCUAUGUCAGCGGUACGACAAGGACCAGCUGUUAAUACACAACCACGUUCAAGCGUUGUUUAGUGUUGCACCGUGCUCCAAAGAGUCCAGUAAAAGCUUGCGCUACCUUAUUGAUGUCACAAAUAAAAAUAUUAGGGCAUUAAAAACUUUAAAGCAGCCAACUGAACAUUGGGACACAUUAAUCAUCUUUAUGAUCUCACAGAAACUAGACAGCAGCACAAGCCGAUACUGGGAGGAGCAUCGUAACAAACUUUCAGAGCCCCCUACUUUAAAUCAAUUUAUUUUUUUUAUUGAAAAUCAAAUUAACCUACUUGAAAAAAUAGAAGAAAACAGUAAAAUCAACCUUAAAUCUAAAGAAACAAAUAACAAUAAUUACAAUAACAAAUCUACAAAUUACAUCAUACAAUCUAAUAGCAAUCAAAUUCAAUCAAAUCAUUCUAAAUGUCCAUUAUGUAAUGAAAAUCACUUGCUUUACACCUGUGAAACAUUCAGGAGCUUACCUACUGAGGUGCGCAUUGAAAAGGCAAAGAAAUUUAAAGUUUGUAUGAAUUGCUUACGCUUAGGUCAUACUGAUAGAACGUGCAAGCUAUCCCAUUGCAAGUACUGCAAAGCACGACAUAAUACCCUUUUACAUUCAGAGCCUGAGCGUAGCGCAGCGUCAAACCCCAUGCCAGGCGCUGAUAAUGUUGCUUUUUCAGCCAAUUUUGAACACAGUAAUACAGCUUCUUUUAUAUUGCUUUCCACAGCUAUGGUGAGAGUGCGUGGUGCCGAUGGCACUAAGCACCCCGCCCGAGUUUUGCUGGACAACGGUAGUACCGCCAACUUUGUCACAGACGCCUUUUCAUCCAAGCUUGGGCUGUCACGACACGGUACUAGCUCCACUACAAUCACAGGUAUAAACAAUCAGACCUCUUAUAGUGCACAGUCUUGUAAUCUCACGCUCGAGUCCUAUUACGGUAAUUAUACAGUCGACUUAGGUUGUCUAAUAUUGCCUGAGGUAACAAAAGUAUUGCCUUCGCGUUUCAUACCUAGAACUCAUGUCCCUCUGCCUUCGGGUCUACAUCUAGCUGACCCUACAUUCAACAUUCCGUCAGUCGUAGAUAUACUUGUAGGGGCUGAAAUCUUUUGGCAAGUAUUAUUACAUAAUACCAUCGAUCUAGGUAAGAAUCAACCUACACUUCACGAAACGAAAUUAGGUUGGAUUGUUUCAGGUCUUGUGGCUUAUUCUCCACGCCUUCAAUCUCAAUCUCACUUCUGUAGUCUUGUCAAAAACGACGUCAAUUUUAAUAUAGAACGUUUUUGGGAACUCGAUUCAGUUCCAUCAAAACACUCACUCACAAAUGAAGAAAAUGCAUGUGAGCAACAUUUUCUUCGUAAUACUUAUAGAAACGACGAUGGCCGCUUUGUAGUUUCUAUUCCAUUAAAAAGGGAUCCUCAAAUAUUAGGAGACUCUCUUCAAAUGGCUAUAAGUCGAUUUUUAUCCUUAGAGCGACGCUUUCAGCGUGAUUUGGGUUUCAAGCAGCGCUACGUAGACUUCAUGCAUGAAUACCUAAAGCUAGGGCAUAUGAUUAAGGAAAGUGAAGUUCGCAAUUUUUCAGAGUCUUCUACUGACAAGGGAGUCAGUUAUUUCAUGCCUCAUCAUGGAAUUAUUCGUGAGUCCAGCACAACUACAAAGCUGCGAACGGUCUUCGAUGCAUCUGCGAUCACAACUUCCGGCGUUUCACUGAACGACAUCCAAAUGAUUGGUCCUGUAGUGCAAGACGACUUACUUUCCAUAUUGCUGCGCUUUCGUCAGCAUAGAUAUGUAAUCUCAGGGGACAUUGAGAAAAUGUAUCGAUCUAUAGAGGUAAACCCUUCGCAGCGAUCUCUUCAACGCAUUGUUUUCCGCGAUAAUCACAAUGCUCCCCUCAAAGUAUAUUGUUUAAACACGGUGACUUAUGGAACAGCAUCAGCGCCUUACUUAGCCACGAAAUGCCUGACCAGUCUGGCUUCGUCAGCUGUAAGUGAAGACGUCAAACAUGCAAUAAUUCACGACUUUUACGUUGACGAUCUUUUAAGCGGUAAUAGCACUCUCUCAGGUACUAUUGAGUUGUGUAAAGGCGUGAUUGAUACUUUGUCAUCAGCUCAAUUUCAUUUACGUAAAUUUAAAUCAAAUGAUUCUCGUAUCUUAUCAGCAAUAAUAUCAGAACGUGGCGACGCUUCCACUGACAAUAUGUUAGACUUAAAUAGUGACGUCAACACUUCAUCUAAAACAUUAGGUUUGCAAUGGUGUUGCAAUGUUGAUAUGCUUUCUUUUUCCAUUAAUAUUGACAUCUGUAGUAAAAUUACAAAGCGACACGUGUUGUCGGUUGUAAGUCAAAUUUUCGACCCACUAGGCCUGGUAAGUCCGUGCGUUGUCGAAGCAAAAAUUCUCAUGCAACGACUUUGGAUCGACAAGUACAACUGGGACGACGUAGUGUCUCAAGAACUUAGGGAUCUUUGGUCUUCCUUUACUAGUACUUUAUCUUCUCUUAAUCAGCUGAAGAUACCUAGAUUUAUUUCAUGUAGUGACUCAACAAAUAACGAAAUUCAUGUCUUUUGCGACGCUUCAGAGAAGGUUUACGGUGCGUGUCUUUAUAUCCGUUCAAUUAAAGCUUCAGGGUCUAUUUGCGUACGACUUUUGGCUUCAAAAAGUCGCAUAGCUCCUAUUAAGCCCACCACAAUACCGCGACUUGAGCUUUGCGGAGCGUUAGCAGCUACAAGACUGUGUACUAAAGUUCGUGACUCUCUAACCAUGCGUAUAGACAACGUUUAUUUCUGGUGCGAUUCCACAAUUGUAUUGGCGUGGUUGUCGACGUCGCCUAAUCGACUUAAGCCUUUUGUGCGCAACAGAGUCAACGAAAUUCAAGAGAGUACGAUUGGUUGUACUUGGAGCUACGUGCCGUCGAAGGACAACCCGGCGGAUCUUGUUUCCCGUGGGCUGAAGGCUGAUGCUAUCAGCACCAGUUCGCUGUGGUGGUCGGGCCCGUCUUAUCUAUUUAAAUCACAAGAAUAUUGGCCACAAAAACCCAAUAUGAAACAAGAUCUACCAGACGUAGUUUGUCAUGUAGUUAGUAGUAAUGUCGAUACGCUUCAUACUAAUAAAACUCAUGGUAGUUCCAUAAUUCAUCAUCUUAUUACUAAAUAUUCAAAUUUACGCUAUUUACAAAGAGUAGUUGCUUACAUACUUAGAGCGAUAUAUAACUUUAAAAACAAAUCAAAUAAAAAUAUAGCUAAUCUAUCUAAUGAAGAACUACAAAUCUCAUUAAAUCUCAUUAUACAUAAUGCUCAACUUCAAAUGUUCCCCGAAGAAUAUUUUAUAUUGAAAUCAGGGAAGUCCCUACCACGUAGCAGUCGUCUUAUUUCAUUAACACCAUUUAUAGAUAGUAAUUCAAUUUUACGCGUUGGUGGUAGGCUUGACAACUCCCCAUAUGACUUUAAUAUAAAACACCCUAUAGUUCUUUGCAGUAAACACGCUUUGACUAAAUUAAUAUUCCAUUUUGAACAUUUGCAUCUCUUACAUGCUGGACCACAGCUCUUACUAACUCACAUACGCCAGAGUUACUGGCCCUUAGGAGGCAGAAAUCUGUCUAAGACUGUCGUCAGAAACUGCUUAAAAUGUUUUAGGUAUAGAGCACAAAAUGUUCAACCCAUCAUGGGUCAAUUACCUAAAACUCGUACUGAUUUACAAUUUCCUUUCUUGAAUUGUAGUGUGGAUUAUGCUGGGCCAAUUUUAAUCGCUGAUCGUAAAGGGCGAGGCUGUAAAUUAGUAAAAUCAUACUUAUGCAUUUUUGUGUGCCUUGCAGUAAAAGCUGUUCAUAUCGAGCUCGUCACCGCAUUGUCAUCGGAGGCGUACAUAGCUGCUCUCAAAAGAUUCGUGUCUCGUCGAGGCAAGCCCCGCAGCAUAUGGUCCGACAAUGGGACAAAUUUUGUUGGUGCUUGCAACGAACUCAAAGGCGUCCUUUCAAACUCAGACAUUGCGUCAUUCAUGUCUCAAGAAGGCAUAGAUUUUAAUUUUUCUCCACCUUAUUCCCCUCAUUUUAAUGGUCUGGCUGAAGCAGCGGUUAAGGCCACUAAAGGCCAUCUCAAAAAACUCCUCAGUCUUACUCACCUCACGUAUGAAGAAAUGUCUUCGUGCUUAUGUCAAAUUGAGGCCAUUCUAAAUUCCCGUCCACUUACUCCUAUUUCCUCUGAUCCGUUAGAUUUAACUGCCCUUACUCCUGCUCACUUUCUGAUUGGACGACCGCUCACGUCAGUUCCGCACCCGCAGAUUACCGACGGCAACAUCACGCGCUUGGAGCGCUACCAACGAGUGGAACUCAUCAGGCAGCAUUUUUGGAAGCGCUUUAUUAAUGAAUACAUUUCUCUGCUACAGCAGAAAUCUAAAUGGUCCACCUCUACAGGGAGCUUGAUACCAGGGACGCUAGUCCUUGUGAAGGACAGGACGCUACCGGCUCUGUUGUGGCCUUUGGGCCGCAUUACCAAGACGUAUCCGGGCAGCGACGGCAUCACACGGGUCGCAGAGGUCAAGACGAGGACGGGGACCGUGGUGCGAGGCUUCAACUCCAUCUGCCCCCUCCCUCUUCAUUGAAGUACCCAUAUAUACUUCAACCCGGGCAGUCUGUCGAUGCACGGACAUCGACGAUCGCGCGGCGCGGGCGCCGGGAGGAGGACAGCGGCGCGGGUUGAAGUAUCGUUCGUCACUUCGUGCAGCAACGCCGCCCGCGACACUUACUUGUUUAUCUUGUUUUACUCUUUUUAUAAACUUACCAAAUAAUACA